UACGGUAGGUGGCGUUAUGCACCUUAAAAGUUGAUUUGCGAUCCGCCGAAAACACAUAGAAGAAGAAGCGGGUCUGUUGGUGGUGUGACGUCACGUCGCACCGAGCAGCAGGAGCGACAGAAGAAGAAGAAGAAGGAGAGGAGGAGAGCCGGUAGAGGAAAAGAGGUUCCUGUGGGGUUCCCACCUGUCACCUGAACAUGUCCGCCGUGCACGCGCUCAGGUGCUCGGUGACGCAGCGGCUGAGCGCGGCUGCGGAGGACAUCCUGCUCCUGCUGGACACCACAGUCCGAGAGUACGAGGAGGAGCUGGGCCGGCAGCGCAGGCUGCUGGAGGCGCUGCUGAGGCCCGAGGUCCGCAUCCACACAGCGGAUGUGAAGCAGCUGCUGGUGUGUAAAGAAGAGGUUCCCCCCGAGCAGCAGGAGCAGACCCCCAGUCUGCCCCCACACAUUAAAGAGGAACAGGAGGAGCUGUGGACCAAUCAGGAGGCAGAGCAGCUUCAGGAUCUCACCAAGUUCCAGGUCACUGCUGUGAAGAGUGAGGAUGAUGAAGAGGAAGCUCCGCCCUCACAGCUUCAUCAACAACAGGAACAGAUGGAAGCAGAAGCUGCUGGAGAGGAACCAGCCAGGAACUCAGCUCCAGCUGCUGAUUUCCAACCAAUCAGUGACGAGCAGCUGCUCUCCUCCCACUCCUCUGAGGAGACUGAGGACAGUGAGGACGAGCCGGAGGAGACCAGAGAGCCUCAGUCCGGUUCAGACUCACAGAAUGGACUCCCUGUGAGCGACAGCAGGUCCGGUACUGAGGAGAAACCCUUCAGCUGCUCCAUCUGUGGGAAAACGUUUCCACUCAAGAGGAGCCUCCGAAAACACCUCAGAGUCCAUUUAGGAGUGAAACCCUUCCAUUGCUCUUUAUGUGGGAAAACCUUUGGUAGCAAACAAGACCUGAAGAGGCACAUAAUGAUCCACACGGGAGAGAAACCCUUCAGCUGCUCCGUCUGCGGGAAAACCUUCAACCGGAAGACAACACUGAGUUCUCACCUGAUGCUCCAUGAGAGAGAGAAACCCUUCCACUGCUCUUCAUGCGACAAAACCUUUGGCAGUAAAAAAGACCUGAACAGACACCUGAUGAUCCACACGGGAGAGAAGCCCUUCAGCUGCUCCGUCUGCGGGAAGGCCUUCAGCCAGAGGACGGCGCUAAGCUCUCACAUGACCGUCCACACGGGGAAAAAAGAAUUCAGCUGCUCGGUUUGUCGUAAGUCAUUUCACCGCAAAGAUUACAUGAAGGUUCACAUCAGAAUCCACAUGGGAGAGAAACCCUUCAGCUGCUCCGUCUGCGAGAAGAGCUUCUGCGACAAGUCCUACCUGAAGAAACACGUGAGGAUGCACACGGGCGAGCGGGCGUACAGCUGCAGCGCCUGCGGGAAAAACUUCACUUGGCAGUCGCAGCUCAGGAAUCAUAAGUGUGUUCUUGAGGGCAGCGGGUGAACAGAGAAUUAUAAAAAAAACAGCCCUGUUACUAAAAGAUAAAGGCAACAAUGAUAAAAAAUAAAUAAAUAAAUAAAUACUAAUGGACAUGAGGGGCACCAAGGAGGUUUGAAGUUUAAAAUUCCACUGGGGGUGGGGGGUGUCAACAUUAAACCGGUAAAUUUACAAGAAAAAAAUUGGA